AUGGCCGCACCGCCUCCCCCUCCACGCCCCUCCACGGCCGCACAGACUCGCCGCCCCUCCACGGCCGGUACGCCUCGCCACUCCUUCAUGGCCGUUCCACCCCCUCACCUCCUCGUGCCCGUGGUCCCGGCCAUGACGCUCUUCAUGGCCGCACCGCCUCACCACCACUUCCCGCCGAUGAUUUCUCUCUUCUCCGACGAUAUCGAGAUCGUGGAGGUGUGGGGCGGCGAGGAGGCCCAGCGCGUGGCGGAGAUCCUCGCGCUCCUCCCCCAUUACCCUUUCAUGGAGAUCGACACUGAGUUCGCCGAGAGCGGCACCUUCGGGUCGCCGCGCCCUCUCGACGCCGAGGCGGCGUACCAGCAGAUUCGCUCCAGGGUCGGGCGGGGGGAUAUGGUGCAGCUUGCCGUCGCCAUAUGCAACGAGGCAGGCGAGGUCCCCGGUCGGGUGUGGCAGUUUAACUUCCGCAUCGACAUUGCCACCCGUGCCUACGACGCGGGCUCCAUCAACUUCCUCGAGCAGGAAUCUGGGAUCGACUUGGAGCUUCAUCGGCGUCGAGGAAUCAACCACUGGUAUGCUUCACGGACUUUUGCCAACUUGGUCGAGCACGCCGAUGGCUGCGUCUGGUGGAUUGGUUUCCACGGAGGUUCGGACGUCGGAUUCCUCCUUAAGAUCCUUGGUGGUGGUUCCGGUUUGCCUUCUGGUCGCCUAAACUUCGUCAACUUGUUCGGGAAGAAGUUUCCAUACUUCUUCGAUGUGAAAGUGAUCGCUAGGGAGCUGAAGGUCUUUGGCGGCCUGAAAACCAUAUCGGACAAGCUUAAGGCGGUUCGACUUGGGGGCGCACACCAGGCAGGUUCAGAUGCUCUGCUGACCCUUCGGUGCUUCUUCAAGUUGAUGCAGAACUUUGGCAAUGAUAGCGUCAUGUCGCGCUAUGGUAUGCUCGUUGAUAUCAACGACAUGACGCCGGCUAUCAUCGCGGCCAACACCCUCACUAGCUGCUAUGGCGAUGUAACCCUCGUCGACGUCAGGCAUCACAACAUGGCCGCUGAGUUCAGCAGGAUAAAGUCGCUGUGCCGUUACUACCCAAUUGUCGCUGCGGAGGCUCUCUUACCGGGUCACUUGCCGCGUCUCCCCAGUCCGGACGCCGAGAGUUGCUAUACAGGCAUGUGUGAAGACUUGAAUAGGGCUGAUCAUGUCAAGCUUAUGCUUGCUUUUGCUAACAGCAUGGGGGAUCUUGCUUUGGGGAGUAUCUGGAUGUUCAACAUCAGUAGGAGUGACGCCCUUCAAGUGCCAUCAUCUGGAGGUGAAGCUGAUCAAUGCGUCUCCCCUGCACAGUUCUCAAGCUUCCUCGGGUCAUGUGGCCUGUUACUGAGCCCCCAGGUGACAUGGGUCACAUUUCGGGGAGCAUACACUGCCGGAAUUCUAAUCAAGACGGAGUUCCAUUCACACAGUAUGCCACCAAAAUUCGAGUACUACAUUCCUGUUCGCAAUGUAUACCUCCCAAAUCUCUUCGACAUUGCUGUCCUGUCCCAUGGCUUCUCGGAUGCUUGGGGUUGUCAGUCCUCAUGUGCAGCAGCCUCAAGGAGGAGAUCAUGA